GUGCCACUAGAUGGGACAGAACAACACACCUCAGCCCCAACCCCCCUGGAAAAGGGGCUAGGGACACUCCUGACCAAUCAGAUUAAGUGAACUACCCAGUGUGAUCUGUAUCUAGUAGAACCGAAGCUUAUUUGAACAAGAAAGGCAAGAGGAUCUCUCACAGAGCGCUGAAGGAAAAUGAGCUCCACACAAGACCGUGACUAUCCUCGGAUCUUAUUUCAAUACAACAAUGGGUUUUUAGUCUCAAAGAUUAUGUUUACCGCUUGUGAAUUGGGAGUGUUUGAUCUAUUGCUGGAGUCAGAAGGGUCCCAGUCUUCAGAUGCCAUUGCUGAACGUUUGGGCACCAGCGUCAGUGGAAUGGAACGGUUACUUGAUGCCUGUGUGGGAUUAAAGCUUCUGGAAGUCGAAAUGAAAAGUGAAGGAGCCUUUUACAGGAACACAGAGCUUUCCAACCUCUAUCUUGCAAAAUCAAGUCUCAAGUCUCAGUAUCAUCGUUUGAUGUACUACUCCAAAACCGUCUAUUUUUGCUGGCAGUACCUGACAGAUGCUGUGAGAGAUGGGAAAAACCAGUAUGAAAGAGCAUUUGGUAUGUCAUCAGAAGACAUCUUUGGCGCUUUCUACAGAUCAGAAAAAGAGAUGAUCCAAUUCAUGUAUAGUUUAAAUGCAUUUUGGAGUAUAUGUGGCAGAGAUGUGAUUGCUGCAUUUGAUCUUUCACCUUUCACUGUCAUUUAUGAUCUGGGAGGAUGUGCAGGUGGUUUGGCCCAGGAAUGUAUUUCUUUUUACCCAAAGUCUACAGUCACAAUUUAUGACCUACCUAAAGUAGUGCAAGUGGCGAAGGAGCGUUUUGUACCCCCAGAAGAAUGUAGGAUCACUUUCCAUGAAGGAGAUUUUUUUAAAGAUCCAAUUCCAGAAGCUGACCUGUACAUUUUGGCUAGGAUUCUGCAUGACUGGGCAGAUGACAAGCGUAUGCAACUACUAACAAAAAUCUACAAGGCCUGCAAGCCUGGGGGUGGAGUGCUGCUGGUUGAAACACUUUUGAAUGAAGACAAAACUGGGCCUUUAGAAGCCCAGCUCUUCUCUCUGAUAAUGUUGGUUCAGGCUGAAGGAAAAGAACGAACGCCAACCGAGUACAGCAAGCUCCUUGCUGCAGCUGGUUUCAGAGAGAUUCAAGUCAAGAAAACAGGAAAGCUCUAUGAUGCCAUUUUAGGAAGAAAAUAAUUCUGUCUCUUCUUUCUUGCCUAUUGUUAGAUGUGUAAAUGCAGUGACGUGACCAGCUUUUACUAGACUGCAGCAAUGAACCCAGCUCAUAGUUAACUGUGUCACUUUCUUUGUACAACAAUACAUUGCUAGAAUAUUUACUCAUUAUGUAUGCUGGGCCUAUGCAGGCCACAUGCAGCUCUUUUACUGUAAAGUGCGGCUCAUGCAGGCCCCAUCUAGGGUGACCAGAUGUCCCAAUUUUAUAGGGACAGUCCCGAUUUUUUGAUCUUUUUUUUAUAUAGGCUCCUAAUACCACCUCAUCCCCUGUCCUGAUUUUUCACACUUGCUGUCUGGUCACCCUAGCCACCACUCCCAUUCUCCACCUACCAUACCCCACCUGCAACUCCCAGGUGAUAACAGGGAGGGGCCGCUGCUGUAGCUCUGCAGGGAGAGAAAGCAGCAAAAGCAGCACUCUCCCUGCAGCUCCCAGCUGUUUGCUGCUGCCUCUUCCAUGGCUGCAGCUUCCAGCUUGCUGACUGCAUCAGCUGCCAUGCAGGGAGGAGCCCUGGUGACAUCAUGUGACUGAGUGGGGCCAGCAAACCCUGGCAAAAAUCUGGGUGGGCAUAUGACCCCCCGGAGUCCCUCCCAUGCAUUGACUCUGACUUCUGCCCAGCAGAGUGGUGGGAGGUCUCAGGGCUGCAGCCCCAAGGCGUGUGCUUGCUGCGAGGCAGAAGCCCUGAGACCUCACAUCGCACACAGGAUUGAAGCUCCAAGGCUCAGCUGGUGAACCCUGGCUCUCGAACGUCUGAAGAUUUUGUUAUGUGGCUCACAGGGUCAAUAUGUCAGGCCACCACUGCUGCAGGACUUGACGAUCUGAUAGUUUGAAUGUGACUCUUGUUUGGCUCUUGACUACAUGGGGGAUUAAAGUAAUUAACACAUGUUUAACAAGAAAUAGCAUGUGAAAGCAACUGUGGAAA